AUGAAUCCUCGAGGCCCUGGUGAAAUGGGAGCGGAAGGAGUUACAAGCAUCUUUUCAGAUGCUCGAGAAUACUUUUGUAUUGCACACAGCGUUAACCAGUUGAAAAGCAAUACUCAAAGUUCAGUCUAUGCCAAGAGUGUUUCACACACGGAAUAUUUUAUGGAGACGCGUUUCAAAGAAACGUUCAUUGUUCAAUUCAUAAAUGAACCUCUAACUGAAAAGUGGGAGGUUUCAGCUAGAGAUUUGGUUACGUACUGUGACGUAAGGUUGGAGGCGGUGGCGGUGGAGCUGGAGGUGGUCUGGGAGGUGGCCUUGGAGGCGGUCUUGGAGGCGGUCUUGGAGGCGGCUUUGGCGGCGGCCUUGGCGGUGGUCUUGGCGGAGGUCACGGCAGUCUCGGAGAUUCAUCAAUCACAACAUCAGUCAAAGCAUUUCUUCCAACGGCAGAUUCUGGCGACCAAUCGCACCCGAACUUUCCCUCGUUCUCUUUCAGCUUCCACCUCUGGCCUUUGCUUGGAGCCGUUGCCGGUGACCACGGUGCGCGUAGUACCCGUGAAGGUGCCGCGAGCGUUUCGCGGUUGUGUGUACCCGCCUAUGUUGCCCCGGCCCGUGCCAGGGCCGCAGUCGCGCGCGCUGCCCGUGCGUGAGCGCGUGCCCGUGCCCGUGGGCGUGACCACGCCCUACCCCAUGGUGGUGCAGCGGCCCGUGCCCGUCGUCGUGCCCGUCCCGCGGCCCAUUGUUAUGGGAGGUGGUGGCCGCGGAGAUGAAUUCGAUUUCGAAAGAGGCCAUGAUAGUCUCGGAGGUGGUCUGGGAGGCGGCCACGGAGGCGGCCUGGGCGGCGGUUUCGGAGGCGGCCACGGUUGCUGCGGGGAGGUUGCUGAGGCGACUUUGGCCGCUGGCGCCGUGAUAGGCGGAAGGGUUACAGGUGGCGCGACAUCCAAUAGAAUAGACAAUGCGGGGGAGGAAUCACGUGGUACGCGAGCCUUCCUGUGGGACCGCAGAGGUACUGCUCGAUCACUUGUAUCAGAGGUAGCGAGGAGGAGAAUUGUAUCAGAGGUAGCGGAGGAGACUUGUAUCAGAGGUAGCGAGGAGGAGACGUGCAUCAGAGGCAGGAACGAGCCACUUAUUUGGUGCUGGCCGCCCCCAAAUGCACGCGCCUCGCACAUCGCAGCCCGACUCCUCAAGCGGUUGUGUUUGGGCAAAUGUGAUUCCUUCAAGAAUCUAUCUGUCGAUAUUUUAACUCUCCUCUGCAAGUGUUUCCAACAUAGAAAAGUAUUUGAAAAAGUAUUUGAAAUUAAGAUCAACCGUCUCCACGAUAAUCGUUCUCACCUGUUUGGUACCCUACCCUGCCCUACCAACGUAAUAAAAAACACACUUCGACUAAAGAAGAAGAACGAGGUGAAGGGCGCCGGGCGGGUAGUGGUCCUGCCGGGCCAGCCGGGUGAGCAUCUGACGUGUCGUGCAAGGUCAGGGCAGCGACGGGGUGCUCGGCGCAGCUGUUUAGUUAAGACGUCACAAGAUCACUCACGAUGGCUCUCUCGCCAUGGACGUCACACCCCUUGGCGCCCGACGGCCACCGAAUGCAGUAUUCCGGUGCAACACACUCCACCGGAUGCUCACAUCGGAUCUUCCAAAGACGAGUGGCAGAGCUCAUCCUCCGAAUGCGGGGUUUCAUACACCUCAUCUUUCAAGUCGCCCAAACAAAAAAGUCACAAGGUGUCAGAUCAGAUCUCGAUGAAUGUCGUGUGGUUACUUGGACGGGAGGAGAGAAACUUGGUCAAUUCAUUACUUGGUAGCUUUGGUGGUGGAGAGAAUGGUAGGAGGAUGAGAGUGGAGAGUUGGAGAAGUGCGCGAUUGGGUUGGUUGGUUGGAGAAAGUUUGAACGGGUUAGUGGAUAGGUGGCGCUCGUCAGCCGCGCCGUGCAGCCUUUUCCCGAUCGGCGCGGCGCGGCGCGGCACGUCGGAGCUCUUCAAAGAUCGGAGAGAUCGCGCUGAGAGCCGCCAGGUCAAUCCCACUCAUCUGGAUCUCUUCUCCCCAGUUUCCCUCGACGCAUCAAGCAGGUGCAGAAAAGGCCCUUUGUCUAGCUCCUAUUGUCGCUGCAAACGCACGCCCCUUUCUCCGGUGCGAGGUCUUUGGCCGCGACCCCCGGCUGUCGCGUCCGCGCCGCGGGGGACGGAGCGUCGCGCGGCGCGACCGCCACGCCCUGGCUGCCGCGAGCGGAACGGCGCCGCGCGACUCGACGCGAGAGAGGGAGAGGGAGGGGCGGAGAGCGUCCGGGAGCGAAGCCGGGACUCGCGCCUUAAAAGCGCGUCGCGGCGCUGGCCAAGGCAGAGCGCCCGGAGCCGUCCAGCCGCCGCCACCGCUCCGCUCUCUCUCCACCAUGAGACCCGCGCUGCUGGUGAGUGUUCUCGCGUUGCCUCGGACGCCUCACGUCUUGCUCUUGUUACUGGCUGCUGUGAAGACAGAAAAACAACUACUUGUAGUAAUUUUCUGGCUGUUGAAAAGCAGGGUAUUCGUGAGGGAGGGGGAGGGACAGAGCGUGCGGAAGUUGUGACCUGCGCUUUAAAAGCGCGCAGCAGCGCCAGUCCAGUCGCCGCCACCGCUCCUCUCUCCACCAUGAGACCCGCGCUGCUGGUGCGGGUUCUCAAGACCUUCUCUUCAAUUUUGAGCGAUACAAUGGCAUGGGUUCAACAAGAUACAGUUUCCCUUGAAAUUAAUAAAUCAGAAACAGACGAAUACAAUCCUCUAACAAUUGGUAAAUAUUUAAAAGCCGUAGCCGUGCCGGUGGUGCGUCCCCGCCCAGUGCCCGUGGAGGUGCCGCAGCCGUACCCGGUGACGGUGGCCCGGCCAGUGCCCGUGCCGGUGGCGCGCCCGGUGGCCGUGCCUCAGCGCGUGGCCGUGCCCGUGGGCGUGCCCGCGCCCUACCCCGUGGUGGUGCCGCAGCCCGUGCCCGUCGCCGUCGCCAGACCCGUCGCCGUGCCCGUGGCGCAGCCUGUCGUCGUCGCACAGCCUGUCCUCGUCUCGGAACCCGCUCAUUUUGACCCAGCGCGCGUCAUUCUUUUCUGCCACGCGCCGCCCCCUCCGGCCACUCCCCCACACGCUCCCACGCGGCUGCCACGUGCCGCGCAUCCAAGCAGCCACUUAGCGCGGAGGGCGCGCGGGGCAGGAGGGGAGGCCUGCGCUACUUUCCUAGACGCGGAGAGGCCCCGGCAGAAGAGCCAGUAA